GGGGGACCGGAUUAUGCCUCCGCCACGCGGCCCCGUCAAUCCAAGAAAGAAGUUCGGGGUGAAGCCGGGUUUCAGCAUGUUGGUGGGAUAGAGAGCAGUCUCAUCCUUUCCCUCUCUUCCAUGACAGUCCUUUGUAGAACGACCUUUGGGACUACAGCAGCACAGCUGUCUACUGCAGUAGCCUGUCUACUGUUGUACGCCCACUGCAGACAAGCCCCCACGGCACAUCCACCGCCUAGCGAUAGCAUUCCUGCGGGCGUGAUGGUUCUCCCCCGGUGCUAUGCGUGUGACAAAAUAGGCUACCUUCGCACACAAUCUCAAACCCACACUCGCUGCUUGCUCCUGCGGUAGGUUACGUGCUGAUGUGCUGUACCCCUCCCCUUCGCUCGAAGAGGGCGGCAGGUCAGGUUGCACCCAGCCCCGACGCGCCGCAAGCCUGACAGAAUUUCGAUCCCCCGGAAUCCGGCCUGCUGCACCGCUUUUCUUGAUUUUCGUCUCCUGCUGCCCUUGUUGCUUCUCUGUCAAACAACGUCAGGAUUGGAACCUACUGAAGGGAAGGGCUAAAAACUUGGCGGGGAGAGACGAGGCGGGCAUGCGAGGGAUCACGAAGGCCGAAGUGCGGCAGCACAACACGCAACACGACUGCUGGUCCAUAUUCAGAGGCAAAGUCUACAACUUGACUCCAUUCCUUCACUACCAUCCCGGAGGAAUUCCGGAGAUCAUGAAGGGGGCCGGCAGGGAUUGCACCGCUCUGUUCGACAAGUAUCACCGUUGGGUGAACUUCGACGGCCUUGUGGGGAACCUCUACCUCGGACCCUUAGUGACGGAGAAAGAGCUAGAGGCAUCCUCGGGGGAUGGAGGGGGUAAAGAGGCUGCCGAAGCUACUGGGGAGGCUGAAGCCAAAGACGAGGCCACAGCUGCAGGGAAGGAAGGGGGUGAUGGCGAUGUUGAUGGUGUUGCUGGGGGGGAUGUUGGUAAAGUGGCGGUGGCGUUAGAGCAGAUGUCUACGGCGGGAAGACAGGAGUUAGACAGAGCAGAAUCAACAGGCCCGGCGGUAUGAUGAUGGGUCUGGUGUGGACAUGUUUUUUGCGGUCGAGACAUGGAUCGUGGAUUGGUAGUUUUCCUGGUCAAGAAGGUGUGACGUGCAUCAGGUUCCUCGAUUUAGGUAGGACGAUUGAUCUACGCUUCAUAUGCCUUGUCUCUUUUGUCGAUUUGAUACAUGUCACCGUCGAGUUUUGGCCGGCGCUAAGAUACGUAUCAGUUAU